AUGGAUAGGGGCACACUCGUGCGCAAGGCGACUGUAGAGAUACAGCGCCGUCCAGCUCGACAAGGCACUGUCACGUUGAAGCCAAACUCCUCGAUGCAGAAGACACGAAGCUUUGCUGACCCGCGAUCGAUCCCACAAAUUCUUAAACAGAUCUACGUUCCUGAAGAGUAUGACGAGGCUUCUUCUGUGCUGAUUUGCAACUUCCCGGGGAGUGUCUCUGCUGCCGCAUGUCGGAACUUUUGCGGAUGGUUUGGAGCCGUUGUUCGGGUGGAGAGAACAUCCAGUGUCUCAGGAGAAGCCAAUUUCGUUGUUGUCUUUUCAAACCCAGAGCCUGCCGUUGCAUUGAAGUCAGCGGGGGAGUUGAUGUUUACGGAUGGGAAAACGCCUCUUUUCUGCAGAGCCGUUGACACAAAGCCAUCCAUUUGGACGUCUCUGACUGCGCUGUGGGGAGGCAAUCAACAGGUACUGAAUACGGUCCAGCUACAGUAG